CAACGAGCCCUCUCUCUUUUUCCGUUUUCCCGGCCACCGCCCUCCACCCUCAACCCAUUCCAGAGAUCGAAGAGAAAACGGAACCCCCUCCCCAUUCCUCGUCCAUUCCUCGUCUUCUCUCUCUCUCUCUCUCUCUCUCUCAUCAUCAUCGCCCCCCCUCCCUAACCCCCUCCAGAUUCAAGAAGCAGAACGGCUCCGGCGAUGAUGUCUUCGCUCGCCUCUUCGCCGCCUCCUUGGAUCCCGACUUCGCCCCCCUCUCGCUCGAACCGCGGAUCCUCAAGUGCCGCCUCAUCGUCGGCAAGACCCUCUACGGCCUCUUCCUCCUGCGCUCCUCCCCGACCCUCGCCGAGAUCGCCGGCCUCGCCGGCUACGACUAUGUGGUCGUCGACAUGGAGCACGGCUCUGGCGGCAUCGCGGAGGCCUUCCCCUACCUCCUCGCCCUUGCCGCCGCCCGCACCCCGGCCAUCCUCCACCUUCCGGAGCUCUCCGCCGCCUGGGCCAAGAAGGCCCUUGAUCUCGGCCCCCAGGGACUCAUGUUCCCCAUGAUCGAGUCCCCCAGCGCCGCCGAGCUCGCCGUCUCAUUCUGCCAUUUCCCGCCGCGCGGCGUCCGCAGGUCCGUCCACACAGUGGUGCGCGCCUCCACCUACGGCAUCGACGACGGCUACCUGGCGCGGGUUGACAAGAAAAUGCACUACAAGAAAAUGUGUGUUCGUUUAAUGCUUCCUGAAGAGAUCUCGCUUGUUACUUGCCCUCCAGAUUAUGCAUAUGAUAAGUUUACAAGGUCAAUUUUCUAAACCAAUUGGCUAUCUUGGUUUCUGAAGAAAACAUUUGAAAAUACUAAUGAGAUUUCAUGAACAAGCCUUCUAGUGUUCCUAAAGGAGCUUAUGUUCAGUGGGAAAUUGAGCUACUUGGCUUUGAAAUGCCUAAGGUUCUUUUGACAGAGGAAAUCUCUGGAUCUCUGCGUAAGCUGAAGGUACUCACUAGGUUCUCAUUUACAUAUUGAUUCCUUCUAGUUUCAGCUCUUGGCUACAUCUGAAUUUAAAUAUUAUUUGCAACACCUCGGUGGGUCAGUGGGAUUCCAAGCUCUGCUGCUAUCCCAGAAGCAGAAGUGAUCCCUGUUUUAUAUGAUGGUGGUCAAUAGAUAUAAGGAUAACUAAUCAUGGAAAACACUUUCAGGUUAACAAGUUAACUAAUCAAUAGAUAUAAGUCAGAAACACUGGACUCAGACCCAAUAAACACCUCUGAUCCAAUCUUAGCCAAAAUCUCAUUGAAUUUUUUUGACUGAAACUUUUGUCAGCUAUUUCAAAUAGACAGCAACCUGGCUUUGUGCCAAGCUGCGGAGUUUAAAUAACUUCCUCAUGGAACCAUCUAAUUUAUCUUCUAUCAACUGAGUGAUGUUACUAUAUAAGUAACUUUCAAAUUCAUUAGAAAACAUAUGUAUGGUGAUUGACCAAUGAGUUUGCCUGGCUACAAGCUAAAUCCAGCCUACAUGCUUUUUCUUUGUGUAUCACUUGAUGUAUGUCUUCAUAAUCGUAUGUAGAUUAGCCAACAUUAGAAAACACUGACAGUAAAUAGCUGAAUCUUGCAUGCCUUAUAAUUUACAUUCGUAUUUUUAUUUUUUU